AUGGACGUUGAAGCAAGAAAAUUCUGUGGAUUAUUGAUGUUCAAUAAACCAUUUGUAUCAUCAAAAGACCAAGACGAAAAAAGACCUCCCAGACCUCCAAAUGCUUUCAUCUUAUACAGAAGAGCAAGACAACCUGCAAUCUUGGCAGCAAAAAGACAUUUGACCAACGCAGAAAUCUCUAGAUAUAUUUCCGAUCUAUGGAAAAACGAAAGCAACGAAACUAAAUUGGAAUGGGAAAGAUACGCUGAUCAAAAGAAAUUGGAACACAUGCAAGCAUAUCCAAAUUACUAG